AUGGCAGCCUCACAGCAAGGAAACUGGAUUCUUCUUCCGCAGCCUCUUUCAGAGUCCUACGCCAUCGACCUUCUUGGGCGUGUUGUUGCGAGUAGCAACAACCCAGAGCACAACUUCGUUCCUCUCUUGACUACCACUACCAUGCCUACUCUUGAGAAAAUUCAAGUACAUGACGAAAGCGCCGUUGUUUAUCUUAACGGAAACUACAAAGCUGAUAUAAAAGCCCGAAUGACCAGUUUGUUGCAUGUCGGAAGCACAAAUGCUACAUCCUCUUCGCGGAUCGUCUCCAGCACCAGCAUCAUUACACGACUCUUGAGCCAACACACCACUCACUUUAAUGAGUUGAAGAAGCUUUAUAGUCCUGAGAUCACACAGCUGAUCAACGACAAACGUCAUAUCAAAAGUGAUGAUUCCCGAACGGUGUAUUUGGUGGUUGGGACGAAAACUUGCUUGGAUGCUCAAAUUGGGAGCUCUGACAUGGACGAUGCUACGAGAGAAGGAGGUAUCCAGGUUCCAGUUGAAGCAAGUCUGAAUGCUAGCGGUGUUCCUCUACCUUCCUUGCCGGCACUUGAUGUUGGGGUUGAUGCAACACGUCAGCGUACUACCAAUGCUCUGCAGACGAGGACGUCGAAAGGCGAGAGGUUGUUCGCACUUCAGUGCCGACAGAUCAAGACCCACAAAAGUUGGAGAUAUUGGUCGAAGCCGGCUGAGCUACAGGUUCUCGGAAUGAAGGAUGGAGUCUUCAAAACCUCAAAGCCCAGCGAUUCGGAUGAUUCUGGUGACUCUGGAUCGGAUGAUACAGAUGAUGAUGUCGAUUCAACCAUCAAAGAUCCCUCAAUCUCGUUAGAUGAUGAAGAGUUGGAAUUAGAGAUGGAGCGAGCAGGAAAGCCUAAGGGAACACUAUUCGAAAUUGUUUGA